AAGAUCACUACUACUAAGCAUUUUCUGAAAUCAUGCCUACAGAGAACGUUGGAACUUCGACCGACGAUCUUCCUAAAUACUUGCAGGAACAUUGCCUGACACAAGAAUGCCACCACUUGUUAUCUUCCCUUCCUUCCGAAACCGGUUGGGUUGCCGAUCAUCUCUAUCAAUACCAAGGUUUUUGGCACCACGUUAGGCAAUUGCAAGGAGUUCUAACAUGUCGGAAUCACCUCCAAGCUCAAGAUUCAGACAUCCUCCUUGUCUCCACUCCUAAGGCGGGCACCACUUGGUUAAAGGCUAUAAUAUUUGCCCUAGUCAACCGUUUGCGCUAUGUUGAUGAUCCUCAACAACACCCUUUGCUCACAAACAACCCUCACGAGCUUGUCCCAUUCUUGGAACUUCAACUAUACGUUGAUAAUCAGGUUCCUGAUCUCACCAACUUAGCCACUCCAAGGCUCUUUGCAACUCACCUUCCAUUUGUCUUAUUGCCUACAUCUGUCAAGGACUCGGCCUGUAAAGUUGUUUAUUUGUGUAGAAACCCUAAAGACACUUUUGUGUCACUUUGGCAUUUUGCGAACAAGUUAAGACCUGCAGAAAAGGGUAAGAAUUGUCUUGAAGAGAUUUUCGAUAGAUUUUGCAGGGGAGUGAGCAUAUGUGGACCCUUUUGGGAUCAUGUUUUGGGCUACUGGAAGGCGAGCUUGGAAUUUCCUGAAAGGGUAAUGUUCUUGAAGUAUGAGGACAUGAAAGAAGAGCCAGAAGUUCAUGUGAGGAGGUUGGCGGAGUUCUUGGGGUGCCCAUUUUCGGCUGAAGAGGAGACAAAAGGUUUGGUGGAUUCUAUCUUGAAAUUAUGUAGUUUCGAUCAUUUGAGUAAUUUGGAGGUAAACAGAAGCGGAAAAAUGUCGUCGGGUGAAGAGUAUAACUUCUUCUUUAGGAGAGGAGAAAUUGGAGAUUCAGAGAAUCUUCUUACCUCUGAGAUGAUAGAACGGCUUGAUCAAAUUACGGAACAGAAGUGGCAUGGAUUUGGGUUAAAAUUUUAAUUUAACCAAUUUAAAUAUUGUAAUAUUUACUAUCAUGCAGGCGUACAUAGUCGUGGUUUUUGAGGCGUCCAGUGUUAAUGUAAGUGUGCUACGUAAAUUAAAUAAUGGCAAAGUAAUACUAAGGUGCUGGGUAAUAAUUACCCGUUUAAGCCUUUGAAUUACCUUCCAAACUUAAUUAUCUGCCCUUUAAAUGAAAAUUUUCAAAUUUUAACUUUUAUAUAU